UCGGACCUGAGGAUCAGACCAGAAGAUCUUCGACACUCUCCCCUGUCACAUCGAGGGACGGAGAUCAAGGUGAGCGGGCGUCAUGCUGGCUGAAGGCUUCGUCCAGCUGCUGCAGUACAAGGAGGAGAGGAAGCCGCCUUCCUCCCCUGCGGCGCCGAGGAGACGGACACACGCCACCAGGAUCGAGUCACUCAAGUACGAACUCCACAAGUGUCAGGAAGAUGAACCAGAAUCAGGUCCAAAGUCGGAAGUGAGGUCAUCCCCCAGCUCACCUCUCCGGGCUCCAUCACCAGAGGCGGUGGGCCUCUUGAUCCCAGGACAUUCAGUGGCCCACACCCUGGAGUCGACCCUGUGCAGCAGCUGCAGCCUCCUGGAUCAGUACACGGACCUGCAGGUGGCGGAGUCUGGACUCAUGCCCCUCAGCACAGUCAGAGUGGUGGAGGAGAGCGUCUUCUGUGAACCGUCGGACCUGCGGCCCGGGGCGGUGGAGGUCAGUCCAGACCAGGGUUAUCUGGUCAUGGGGCCCAGCGCCGAGCCCAGCCUGGACCUGCCCAGCUCCUGUCAGUGGCCCAUGUCCAACUCGCUGCUCAACGGGCUCCUGGACAAACAGCUGGAGGAGGUCUACCUCCAGCACCUGACGGAGAACUUGGCCCGCUGCAACUCGCACUUGGGCAACAGCCUCCUGCACGGCCUGGUGCCGCCUCCCAAACCCAGCGGCGGGUCGCAGGGGGCCGAGUCCCUGGACGUGUGUCUGAAUGAAGGGUCCAGGAUGGUGAGCGAGGCCGGCUAUCUGUGCACCCAGCCGUCCGUGCCCUGCUCCUCCACCUUCAGCUCGCCCAUGCUCCGGAUCUCAGAGGCCGAAAACUGCCCCACAAAAUAAUAAAUCGUGUCUGACUGACUAUUUCCUCCUGAAA